AGAGCAGAAACCCUCGAGGCCUCCAAGGUCCAAGAAUCAAAUCGUUCGUCAAACUCAGAGCAGACUUCUGUUCUUCAUCUUCGUUCUCCCGCCGACGCCCUCCUCACCGGAGAAUGGAGAGAGAUUCCCUCUGUGACUCGGCCACUCGUCGUUAAUCUUCAUCUCGGCAUCGUCCUUCACUCCUCACGGCAAGAAACCAUCGUCGAGUUUUCUUGCCUCGACGUGGAAGAACAGAACGAACAGGCCCGGCUGCUUCUCAGCUUGUAGUGUCCGACCCGAUCCGAGGUUAGAAACAAUGGCUAGUAGUAGCAGCUCCGCGACUGAACCGAGCAGUGACAUUUCUCUGCCGGAGUCGGGAGCAGCCGAAAAGCCUCAGGUUAAGCCCCUGAGGUUGCCGACGGCGGAGGAGAUUCGAGGCCAAGAUAUCUGGAACAACUGUGCGGUCCGUAGUGUUGUAAGUGGAGUAAUGGGAGGUGGGCUGGGGCUAGCUAUGGGUCUGUUGCUUGGUGCUCUGGACAAUCCUGUAAUGCAGGAUGAGAUGACGGGAAAGCAGCAGUUCAUUUAUGCUGCCAAGCAAAUGGGCCGGAAGAGCUGGAGCUCAGCGAAAGCAUUUGCUGUUAUGGGCUUUGUUUUCUCGGCUGCAGAGUGUGUUGUUGAGAAGGCCAGGGCAAAACAUGAUACCACAAAUACAGUCAUCGCUGGGUGUGUCACGGGCGGUGCAAUAUCUGCAAAAGGUGGUCCAAAAGCAGCAUGUGCGGGUUGUGCUGGAUUUGCAGCAUUUUCGGUCGUCAUCGAGAAGUUCCUUGACAGUCAUAGCUGAUGACAUCUGUGUUACUGAGCUUGGGCUCCCGGAGAGUACAUUCUUCUUUUUGGGGUGAAUCCCAGAGAGUACAUUUUUACGUCCAAUAUUAGUGCAAUUUUUUUCCUGCUAUAGAAAGUAGUGUUUAUAUGUGCUGGAACAGUGCUGAUUCCAUUUAGCUGCCAUGGAAUUGAAAUGAAUUUAGUAAGAAAUAAAACUUACAAGCAAAACAUUCAACUAGGCA